CCCACAAUUUACCCAAAACCCAAUGUCUUUCUUUCCCCUUAUAAGAAAUCGAAGUUUCCACAUUCCGCCGGAGCUUCCGCCGUCUCUGCCACCGUAGCCGUCGACAUCGUCGUCGUUGCUGGUCGGAAGUUGGACAUUCGUACCGCUAAGGUCAUGCCUAAAGUGAAAACAAACCGUGUCAAAUAUCCAGAGGGAUGGGAAUUGAUUGAACCUACUCUUAGUGAACUGCAAGCAAAAAUGAGAGAAGCUGAGAAUGAUCCUCAUGAUGGCAAAAGAAAAUGCGAGGCUUUGUGGCCUAUUUUCAAAAUUGCCCAUCAGAAGAGCCGGUAUAUUUUUGAUCUCUUUCACAGGAGGAAAGAGAUUUCCAAGGAAUUAUAUGAGUUCUGCAUGGAUCAAGGAUAUGCUGAUCGAAAUUUGAUUGCGAAAUGGAAAAAACCUGGUUAUGAACGGCUCUGCUGUUUGAGGUGCAUGCAACCUCGGGAUCACAACUUUCAAACAACCUGUGUCUGCCGAGUUCCACAGCAUCUAAGGGAGGAGAAAGUUAUUGAAUGUGUCCAUUGCGGCUGUAAAGGUUGUGCAAGUGGAGAUUAACCUGUUCGUUAGAAUCAGUCAAAUACUUCGCUUUAGAUGCUGUUGUACUCGUGUAGUAAACCUCCGUCUAUUCUAAGCACUGAUAAAACGAUGUCUUGUACAUCACGGUCAGUUCAAUACUAGAGGCUGUGUUUGAUGAGAUAACAAUUGUGAUCACAGUACCUACUGUAACCUGUGUAACCUAUUAAUGGCAAACUACUUGCCCUUAA